UAUGACCUUUGACACAAGUAACAAAAAUUGUUCGAAAUGUUUAAGACCGUGCAGGUCGUGGUAUUACUUAAUCUAGCUAAUUGUUUCUCACAAUGCAUUGCUACUCCUCCAAAAUCCGGACCUAAGUGGAGUAUAUAUGACCUUCUGGAUGAGUUGGGACUUAAAUCUUUCAGCGGGUUGUUGGAAACUACUGGAUUUAUGUACACGCUAUCUGCGAAUGCCUCAGGUCCUUUCACCGUAUACGCUCCGACCGAUGAAGCCUUUAAUAAUCUGCCGCCUUCGGUGAUGAAGAAGCUACAGAACGACGAUAAUUGGCGCCUGCUACACGACUUAACAUCGUACCACCUAACAAAGGGAAACCUAUCGUUUCUGAAAUGGUCCAAUAACAUGAUAACCCCGACACUUCUGGAUGGGACCUCCAUAAGACUGAACAUUUAUAACAACAACUCGGGGGAGCCUUCGAUAAUGUCGGUGUCUGGAGCCACUCUUAUAAAGGCAGACCAGCAGGCAACGAACGGGGUUGUUCAGGUCAUAGACAGAGUCCUCUAUAGCAUCCCCGAUGACACAAUUUCAAACUACAUUCAAGAGAACAGCAGGCUCAGGAAACUAGCUAUGUUGAUGCAGAUAGCAGGCUACCAUGACAGCCUUGACAAGCAAAACAUCACAUUAUUUGCGCCUUCCGAUGCCGUCUUCGAAGAAAUGGGAGCUAACUUUACAAAUCUCUUGACUAACGCAUCAACCAUUAAAGCUUUAUUCCGAAAUCACACAGUAAACAACACGUUUUACACCAACGGCCUUAGAAUUCUUGACGGCGGAUAUAUUACUAACUUACCUGGGACAAAGCUUCCAAUCAAGAUAAAUCAAGGUGUUUAUGUGAGCGGAGCUAAACUUGUUGAGGAGGAUGUCUCUUUGAAGAAUGGAGUUCUACAUAUAAUCAAUAAACUCUUAUAAAAGCAUAUUAAAUUGUUUUAUGAUGCGACUGCGUACACGUAAAUGCUUUAUUUCUUAUAUCCCUACAAAAUGAAUUCUUAACUCUGGUUGUUGUCAAUCG